CAAUGCAAUACGAAAUUUAAAAUUAGUAAAUUAGUAAGAUAUUUUGGUAAUUAAUAAAUAAAUUUAUAGGUUAACCUAAACAUGAAUUCGAGAGCUCUAAUUACAGCACAAAAUUUAUUAUUUUCAAAAAGCUUUCAAACUCAGAUUGUAAGAUGUGGAAGCUUUCGUGCGUCGAAACCUGUUGGAGAUUUAAGUCAAUAUAUAUCUGAGUAUGAAGUUACAAAUGAUCCCAAAGAAUGGAAAUAUGUUGAAGAUUUAUUACCACCGAAGAUUGUACCAACACCAAAAUUAAAAGAUGAAUAUCCUUCAGGAUGGAGUAUGCCUUCAGAUGCAGCAAAAAACCAUCCAUAUUUUAUAAAACGUAGCAAAAAUUUCAUGCAACCAGUUUACUUAGACGUAACUUAUCGUGGCACAAAACGUUUAACAUCCGUGAAACGUAUUAAAGGUGAUAUUUGGCAAUUAGAGAAUGAAUUAAAAUCGUAUUUACAAGAAACUAAAAAUCAAAAACUUAUACCAACUUACGUAAAUGAAUUAAGCGGGGAAAUUAAAUUUAAAGGGGAUCAUGUGACAGCCAUCAAACAAUGGCUUACAUCCAAAGGUUUUUAAAAUGAUUCGUGUAUAAAAAAGAUUUAUUUUUGUUUUUUAAAUCAGUUGUUUUUUA